UUGAAAUCUGUCUCUAUUUUACCAUUUCUUUCAUUUUUACAAAUACCUUGAAGGGAGAGCUUCCUUCUUUUAGCUUUCCUUUGCAACCUUACCCAUCUUCUAAUCAACAUGAAGAAAGUAGUCCUAAAGGUGGAACUAUAUGAUGACAGAAUGAAGAAAAAAGCCAUGAAGGAAGUUUCUGGCCUCUCAGGUGUUGAGUCAAUUUCUGUGGACAUGAAGGACCAUAAAAUGACUUUAAUGGGAGACAUAGAUCCAGUUUAUGUGGUGGAAAAAUUGAGGAAACUGUGUCAUGCUGAAAUUUUUUCAGUUGGACCAGCAAAAGGACCAGCAGAAAAGAAGAAGGAGGAAGAAAAGAAAAACGUGGAAAGGAAAAAAGAUCCAAAGGAUGAAUUAGCUGGUCUUGUUGAGGCCUAUGAAGCUUAUGAUAAUCAGAUGAGACAGCCAUAUCCACAUAUCUAUCACAGAACUGUUGAACAGGAUCCUAAUGGCUGUGCCUGUGUUAUCUGCUAAGUCUAAGAAUAUCAUGGAAUUGAGGAGUUGGUGGUUGAGGAGUUAUGGUUCAUUUGGGUUUUCCCGUUUCUUCUUUUCAUUGUCUAGUUCUGAAAAUGUGAUGCUGGGCAGAGAAAUAUAAUUUGUACUUUAUUUUGUGGUGGUGAAAUAUUUUAGAUUUUGCUGGUCUUGAUAUACCAAUGUACUCAAGAUUGUGGUUUUAUUAUCUUAGAAAUAACAAUUUAGAGAUUAGUUUUAUACUUUUA